CCGUUAGUAGGUGCCAUUACAUUCGCCAUUUUGAUUUCCUUGUAGCAACAAGGUUUGCUCGGAUUCUAAUUUAAUUAACAGUUUUUUUUUUGUAACGUGAAAAGUGUCCAUUUUUUCUGAAAAGUAACUCUCGAACAGUGAAAAUGAGUUACGGGCGUCCUCCACCCCGUAUUGACGGGAUGGUUUCGUUAAAAGUAGACAAUUUGACAUACCGAACGACGCCGGAGGAUUUGCGUCGCGUUUUCGAAAGAUGCGGCGAAGUUGGCGAUAUUUAUAUACCUCGUGAUCGCUUCACUCGCGAGAGUCGUGGUUUUGCUUUUGUCAGAUUUUAUGAUAAAAGAGAUGCUGAGGACGCACUUGAUGCUAUGGAUGGUCGUCUUUUGGAUGGUAGGGAAUUGAGAGUGCAAAUGGCUCGAUAUGGAAGACCAACUUCUCCGCACAGAAGUCGCGGCAGUCGUCGUCGUGGAAGAUCACGCAGUCGUAGCCGAGAUCGCAGACGAUCACGAUCACGUUCCCGCUCCAGGUCACGAAGCCGCGAUAGGGAUCGCAAACGCUCUUACAGUCGUAGCCGCAGUCGUUCCCGUUCUGACAGCAAAAGUUCCCGAGGAAAGUCACAUUCUCGCAGCAAAUCUGCUGACAGACAAAAAGACAGUCGUUCUAAAUCCAGAGAUUGAACGAUUGCAGACAAAAAUGGAGAUAUGUACAGGCAUUAUCGUGAAGUUCCUGCCUGAAAGCAGAAUACAAAAAGGUAUUCUAUCAUUCUAUACCUAACAAUACUUGGCACAUUUAAUAUCUCCUUUUUACCAUUUGCAUAUUAAUUAUGGUGACUUACAAUUUUUUUUUUACCAAAAACAAGAAAAAAAAAAUUAGUUUUUGCUUAUAAUUUUACUGUAAUUAUAAGAUUGCGUUUUCUCCAACGGAAUAUCAAAUAAAUUUGCAAAUUAAAUUUUUAUGCUAUUCAAGUUUUUGAUUGUUAAAGAUCUACUUACCUACAAUAGUUUCCGUUUUUCACAUUUCUCUUUUUUGUUUUUAUUUGCGGCUUAUGAUAAAGCACUUAAGUCUUCUUUUUUCAUCAUGUUUACGAACAAGUUUAUUCUGUUAAUGCCAAAUUUAUCCUACAUCCAAAAAAAAAUAGGGGCAUGAUAAAUUUUAAUUUUCACGAUAGGCGAAAUCGAAAUAAAUUUCUUUUUUUAGAUUUUAGCAAAAUGAUGUACUAAGAGAAAAAAAAUGUAAAAUUUGAUCGUAAACGUCCCUUUUAAUUGAUUUUUCGUAUUUUUUUCAAGUCAGUCGACGCUAUUGCUUCAUUGUAUAUCGCAAUAUUCGUUUGGAAAUCUCGAUAUUUGUCUUGUUGACUAAUUAAAUGGAAAAAAAAUAUCGAGGUUUCGAUAAAAUGUUUUUUUUCCUCGUUAGUUUCUUUUUUUUCUAUCUUUCUCUUGAUAAUAUAGAAUUGGAAAUUCUACGUCUGUAGCAACUCUAGACAUAAGCACUGCGUUUCUGUAUUGAUUCAGGAAAUUAUAAUAUUAUAAUGUAAGUUUGUCAUUUAUAAUAAAGCAUAGCGAAUUGAAAGCGCAAAAAAAA